CUUCCUCGCGCGCCUGAGGAGAGAGAACGGAGCCGGAAAUGUCAGAGGCGUCUGCGGUUCAGCUGGUGGCCGGCUCGGUUCCUUCCUGCGGAGAGCCGGACUUCCUCCGCCUGAGGAGUAGGCAGCCGGGAGUCUCCGGGAGCAGCCUCGGGAAGGAGUCUCUCUGAACGGGAAGCCCGAAGUCCUUGGCUCGGCGCCCAGCAGUGACCCGGAGAGGAGCGGGGACGCCAGAGGAUGCGACCGGGGAGUGGCCAGCCCCGUCGCUGCCGGAUAUAAUCCUCUUACGAACCAAUACAUGCUGGUUGGAAUCAGUGAACAAUAAUGAGUGGUGCAGCUUUGGGCAUUGAGAUAGUUGUCGUCUUCUUUUUGGCAUUAAUCAUACUACAUCGAUAUGGUGACUUUAAAAAGCAGCACAAACUUGUGAUUGUUGCAACACUAUUAGCUUGGUACCUUUGUUUUCUCAUAGUCUUUAUACUGCCCUUAGAUGUCACUACGACUAUAUACAAUCGGUGUAAACUUGAUAUAAAUGAGUCAUCCACCAACAGUGGAUCAGCAGUGCAAAAUCAAGACACUAAUCCUACUCAGAGUAAACACAAAUGUAUCAAACCAUGGAGUUAUAUCCCUGAUAGAAUUAUGCCCAUUUUUUGGCGUGUUGUAUACUGGACAUCACAGUUUUUAACAUGGAUUCUGUUACCCUUUAUGCAGUCCUAUGCUAGAUCAGGAGGUUUUUCCAUUACCGGGAAGAUUAAAACAGCAUUAAUUGAAAAUGCUAUAUAUUAUGGAACGUACCUUUUGAUUUUUGGAGCGUUCUUGAUAUAUGUAGCUAUAAAUCCAAAUAUCAGCUUGCAAUGGAAUCAACUUCAGACGAUUGGAAUAGCUGCUGCCAAUACCUGGGGCCUCUUUCUGCUUGUGUUGCUGUUAGGAUAUGGCUUAGUAGAAAUCCCACGCUCUCACUGGAAUGGAGCUAAAAAGGGCUACCUUCUCAUGAAGACCUACUUCAAGGCUGCUAAACUGAUGACCGAAAAGGCAGAUGCAGAAGAAAACCUGGAGGAUAUUAUGGAGGAGGUCCGUAAAGUAAAUGAAAGCAUCAAAUACAACCAUCCUUUGAGGAAAUGUGUGGAUACAAUAUUAAAAAAGUGUCCCACGGAAUAUCAGGAUAGGAUGGGUCGAAACAUGGAUGAUUAUGAAGACUUUGAAGAAAGAUCCAAUACUUAUCCAACAGAGAAAAGCCUAGUGAAGCUUCAUAAGCAGGUAAAUUAUUCAGUUCAAAGGCAUCAUCGUACACAAGUCCAGUGGCAAAUUCUUUUAGAGCAAGCCUUUUACCUGGAAGAUGUGGCAAAAAAUGAAUCCAGUGCCACUCGUCAAUUUGUUCAUACUUUUCAGUCUCAAGAAGCUGAAAACAAAAUUAUCCAAUAUCUCUAUACACCAACUCUUGAAUGGUAUUGGGAAUGCCUUCUACGACCAUGGUUCCACAGGAUUCUCGCCAUUAUCCUGGCCAUCUUUUCCAUCGUCGUCGUGUGGUCAGAAUGUACGUUUUUCAGCCCAAAGCCAGUUCUGUCCCUCUUUGCAGUCUUCAUACGACUAGCGGAAAAGAAUUACAACUAUUUUUACAUAGAGAUGGCUUGUUUUUUUACAAUCUUUUUCCUGAGUAUCUGCGUUUAUUCUACAGUCUUCAGGAUCCGUGUAUUCAACUAUUAUUACUUAGCUUCACACCAUCAAACAGAUGCAUAUAGUUUGCUUUUCAGUGGCAUGUUAUUCUGUCGUUUGACUCCUCCACUGUGUCUGAAUUUUUUGGGCUUGACUCAUAUGGAUGCAGCAAUUUCCCAGAGAACCACGGAUCAGCCAACUGCAUAUACCUCUAUUAUGGGAUCGAUGAAAGUAUUGUCCUUCAUAGCAGAUGGCUUUUAUAUUUAUUAUCCCAUGCUGGUUGUCAUUCUCUGCAUUGCUACUUACUUCAGUUUAGGAACUCGGUGUUUGAAUCUUCUGGGAUUCCAGCAGUUCAUGGGAGACAAUGAGAUGACAUCAGACCUCAUAGAUGAAGGGAAAGAGUUAAUCAGAAGAGAAAAGAGAAAACGGCAAAGGCAGGAAGAUGGUGAUAACAGGAGACGGGAGUGGAAAGAACGGUAUGGAAACAAUCGUGAACCUUCAACAAGAAACAGAAAUAUUCAAGCAGAUCAAAAAGAGUCUAGUUUCACAGAGAUCAAUACAAACAGAU